UGUCUUCGGUGCAAUCAAAAAGCUAAACCUAAGACGUAAAUAUCGUCCUAAACUUGAAGCCUUACUCAGUUUUUUGAAUUUUAUUUUUUUUCAUUUAGGUAUCAGCGAUCCAUCAUGCAUAAUAUACAACAUAAGAGAGGGCCUCCCAGUUGGGUAGUAUAUUCCUCUUGAUCCCUUGAAAUUUCACUUUUUCUCCCCCGCUUCCUAAUUCCAUUGUUCCCUAAAGUUUUCAGUCAAAGUUCCCUUUAAAAGUAGAGACACCUCUUGUUCCCUCAAAUUAAUCUCCCAAAAUACCCCUUGCUGCCGUCGUGGUUUUCUCAAACUCCCUAGCGUCUCGGUUGCGAAUGCCCUCAACUGAAUCGUAGACGUGUGCGGAACUGAGGACUUAAAUCUGGUCUGAUUUCCGGGCCGUCAGAAAGUGAUUGUUUUCAUUUGCGCACGCGUCACUGAGGCCACGGGGGUCGCACGUAGUAACUGAGAUAAAUUUGAAUAUAUAGCUUGCCUUAAAACAUUCUAACCGUUAUGAAGCGACACCACUAAAUGUUUGUUUAUUACAGGAGAGCGAGAAGCUCCUGUUGAAAAUCUGCCACAAUGAGCGAGAGAACGAAGCUUCAUUUACUGCUCGCAUUUUUCUGCAUAACAGCAAGUGUGGCGCUCUUCAUGUUUCGACAAGACGAAGAUUUGGACAAAUCACCCGCUCCUAUACUGCCUUAUAGUCAUGUCCCUCACCGUCUGCCGUUUGUCGUAAAAGCGUGUUCAACGGGUUUGCCAGAUUAUUUUACUGCUAAUCAAAAGUUUGAUGAAGCCACUUUCGAUUCAUCUUUGAACGCGGACGUUUGGACAGAGGAUGUUCCUGGGACUCCACCACCGUGUUACGAAGAAGCGCUUGAAAUGACAUUAGGUUCUGCUGAAAUGGAAGAAAACGUGUUUGCUUACUGAGAAGGAAAAAAUUGAAGAUACAACAUUGUAAUAACUAGAACUUAAAACUUCAGUUUAUAUUAAACACAAGGCUUCGUUGCAUGA